AUGACUAUCCCUGAUGACUCCAUAGCUCCCUACGUCGAGGAUGCAGUCAUAGCCAAGAUGCCUGAGGCAAGCCGGAAGAUUCCCAACGGGAUCAUUGGCUACAUUGAUCGUGUUGAGGUAGCCAAAAAAUACUGGAGGCAAGGUAUUGCGAAGAAGCUCCUGCCGGAGUCCCUUGAGCAUGUUGAGGCAAGCACACCGAAGCUGGUAGCUAUGUAUUUGAUGGUCGAACGCACGAACCAGAAUGCCAUCGACCUGUAUGAGAAAACGGGAUUUGAAAAGAUAUUGGGUGAGUUUUAUCGUCUAGAUUCCCGGGGACUUGACAUGAAAUAA